CGGCGCCCUCUUUCCUCCCCUCUGCGCGUCGUCUCGCGGUCUCCAACCCCGCCUGCCUGCCUGCGCAUCCUGAUUCCUGCACGGAGCCCUAAGGGGAGAGAGAGAGAAGAACAGGCAGGCGGGACAGCGGGUAGCCGAAGCAGCUCCCGAGUCGUCGCCGCGAUCGUGGCAUCCUCUUGGUCCGAUCCCGUCUCGCCGCCAUGGAUUUCAGGAAGGUGCUCGACCAGACCGUCCGGGACUUGAGGAGGGAGGUGAAUCUUAAAGUGCUGAAGGUGCCGGAAAUCGAGCAGAAGGUUCUUGAUGCCACCAGCGACGAGCCGUGGGGGCCGCACGGUUCCGACUUGGCAGACAUCGCCCGGGCCACCAAGAGAUUUGGUGAAUGUGAAAUGAUCAUGAAUGUGUUGCGGCAACGGCUGGGGAACACUGGCGCGAAUUGGCGUCACGUGUAUAAGGCUUUGGCUGUGAUCGAGUACCUUCUAGCAAAUGGUACCGAGCGCGCCGUAGAUGGCAUAGUUGACAAUAGCUCACAAAUCGCAAAACUCACAAGAUUUGAGUAUUUGGAGCCUAAUGGAAAAGAUGUUGGGCUCAAUGUGCGCAAGAAGGCUGAAACUGUUCUAGCAUUAUUGGAUGACAGGGAGAAGCUUCAAGAGGUCAGAGAGAAGGCUGCCGCUACUAGGGACAAGUAUUUUGGCUUAUCAUCAACUGGAAUAACGCACAAAUCGAGUGCAGCAUCAUUUGGCAGUGCUAGCUACUCAUCUGGUAGCCGCUAUGGGAGCACAGGAGGUUCAAGGGAGGUGGGAUCAUUCAAGGAUAGCUACAAAGACACAGAAUGGAGAAAGAACAACAAAGAAACAAGGUCUAACUACAGCAGGAACAGUGAAGGGUCAAAAGAAAUUACUGAUAGUGCAACCAGUUAUAAGUCAAAAAAGAGUGAACGGCAUGGCAGAAGAAAUCAAGAUUUCUCAACUUCACACUCAAAAUCAUCGGCAAAUCUUAGCACCACACCUGAAGCCCCAAGCUCAAAGAAAUGGGAAAAUGAGGAUGACGAUGACUUUAACCCACGAGGAUCUUCAAUGUCUGAUGACUUUAACCCACGAGGAUCAUCAAUGUCUGCUACCACGAGAUCUAAUCAUCUAGAUCUCUUUGGGCCAAACUUGAUGGAUGACUUUGUUGAUUCUUCUACGUCCACUUCAGCAGCAACGCCUGUACCAGAGGUUGAUUUAUUUGCAGAUACAGCUUUCCAAUUAGCCGAUGCUCCAUUGGAUGCAGCAACAGUUUCUCAUACUCAGAUGUCAAUGCAGGACAACAUUGAUUUGUUUGCUGGCAGACUGUCCUCUGCUAAUUCAAUUACUUCAGACACACAGUUCUCAGUACGUGGUAGUCCUAACAAGUCAUCAGAGCAAAAAUCGUCUUCCAUUGCGCAUCCUUCUCCUUCCGUUUUUGAUCCCUUCCAACAAUCCUUUGCCGCCUCAUUUCCUUCAAACACAGAGUUCUCAUUUAGUGGCUCGACAAGCAGAUCUUCUCAAGGAAAAUCUCCUAGACCACAACAUUCAAGUAAUGAAGUGUUUGAUCCUUUUGCUGUAAUUCCACUGAAGAGUUUUGAUGUAUCUGAAUCUUUCGAAACAUUUUCUUCUAACACAGCCUCAAAUGUUACUGAACUGCCAUGGGAUUCUUCUGGGGGUCCCAGAAGUUCUGACCGUCGUCCUUUGGAGGAACUUAAUUUUGGUGCCUUCACUUCAAACUCAGGAUCUGCCACAACAAGUUCAACUGAGUCCAUCAAAAUGCUUGGGCAGGACUCGAUGUCAGCAUCAAAAUCAGCUGCGAAGAAAGAGACUUUUCAGGUCAAGUCUGGUAUAUGGGCCGAUUCUUUGAGCAAAGGAUUGAUCGAUUUGAAUAUAACUUCAUCAAAGAAGAGCAAUCUUUCUAAUGUUGGGGUUGUCGGACCGCUGAGCAAUGGAUCUAAGGAUAAAGGCCCAGAUACUACGUGGUACAUGGGGGAGACAAUGGACAUCACCGGUCCUUGUCAGGUCUAGUUUGCCAUCUUCGACAGAAACAGCCAGGGGAAGAGGUUAUUUUCAGCACCAACAUCUGGGAAGCUUCAAGUGAUUUUUAUCCAGGAUACUCUCCUUAGUCAUAAAUUGGCAUAUGCCUUUUAUUCUAUGGUUCUUGCGGAGUACUCAUUGGAGCAUUCGUACAGUUCCAUGCCUAUAAGAGUAUACGUGUAUAUAGCCACCAAACUCUGCGAUGAUCGGGAGACGUGUUGCCUAAUAGUCAGCAUUACUUCUGUACUUGAGGUGUUAAUACCUUUUGUACUUAUUGCCAAUGAUAUGUUUUAUUUACACGAGUAAAGAGACAAUGCGAUGGUAACAAUUGUAAAAGGAUAUUUGAUGUUUUGUUAAUAUCCAAAUUCAUCCAUAGAUCAAUAAAUAUGUCUAUUAGUGUCAA